AUGCUUCUGCUAGAUUACCAAAACGUACUGAUUCAGUCAGUCCUGACUGAGAGGUUUUCUGGAGCCCCUCCCGCUUCCAUUGACCAGACGGUCAGCGACUUCGACGGCGUUACUUUCCAUAUCUCGACUCCCGAGACCAAGACCCAGGUCCUCCUUUCUAUCCAAAUACGAUGCUUCCCCGAUCUCGUCAAGUACGGGGCUGAAGAGGUUCUCCAGCGGGAGUACGGCGACUAUGUGACAGCUGUCGAGCCCGGUUACGACUUCUCUGUUUUGGUAGACCUGGAGAACCUCCCAGAGUCAAAGGAGGAACGUAACGAGCUGGCUCUCAAGUUCGCUCUCCUGAAACGCAAUGCCAUGGCCGCCCCAUUCGAACAAGCCUACAAGGAGCACUAUGCACUGAAGGAGGAAGCUUCCAAGUUCACUUCCGAAGACGCUCCCCAAGGAAUUCGAGAAGGGGGUGAAGUUAAGGCGAUCCACUACCGUGAGGAGGAGGCCAUCUACGUUAAGGCCAGCCACGACCGAGUUACUGUCAUCUUCAGCACUGUCUUCCGUGAAGAGACCGACCGUGUAUUUGGAAAGGUAUUUAUUCAGGAGUUCGUCGAUGCUCGACGGAGGGCCAUUCAGAAUGCUCCCCAGGUGCUGUUCAGGAACGAUGCUCCCCUUGAACUGCAGGGUGUCCCAGGAAUCCAGAACACUGGGUCUGGAGAUAUUGGCUACGUGACAUUCGUCCUCUUCCCCCGCCAUCUUACUCCUCAGCGCAUGACCGAUGUUAUUUCUCAUAUUCAGACUUUCCGUGAUUACUUUCAUUACCAUAUCAAGGCCUCAAAAGCUUAUAUCCACUCUCGUAUGCGAAAGCGAACUGCCGACUUCCUCCAAGUGCUGCGCCGUGCCAGGCCCGAGAACGAGGAGAAGGAGAGAAAGACUGCCAGCGGCAGAACCUUCAAGGUGCAAGGAAACUAG